CCUCACCAUCACCAUUGACGUACAACACACAACCACAAUAAUGGCUUUCCAUAACCACUGCCUGCUCAUCCUCCCCAUUCUCCUCGCCUUAGCCACAAUCACGGCCGUCGCCGCCGUCAAAUCAUCUUCGACAAGUACUGUUCAUCACAAUGUCACCGAGACGAAGAAGCCACAGCAGAGAGAUCGCAGGUACAUUAGCUCCGAAGCCCUGAGGCAUCACAAUUCGGACAACGACGAAUCAUCAUCGACAAGUGCUGUUCAUCAUCAUGUCGAACCUCGCAGCGGCAACAACAUCACCGAGACAAAGCAGAGAGACAGGUACAUCAGCCACGAAGCCCUGAGGGCAAACGACAUGCCACCACCCUGUGGGAAAGUCAAGAAGAAGAUCAAGAAGGCGAGGAAGCUACAGCAGAUCAGAGACAGGUAUGUUAUUGUACGUGUUAUACCCAGUAGAUCAUUGUUCAGAUGUAUGUGCGAUAUGAUCAGAUCAAUGAAGAAAGGGGUAAUGAAUAAAAGGAUGAUAUAAUGAAGUGUUUAACUAUGGAAAAACAUGGUGUAAUAAUGAAGUUGGGGAUGUAAUUAUUUCCUCUGCUGAUGGAUCUAAUAAUAAGUGUGUUGGAUGGAUGGAUGUUUAAUUUUUGUUCAAUCUUCAAUUGAUUACUACACAUUACAAAUUUGAUGACGUUAAGAGCCAUAGUAUGGACAAACCGAAAGAAUAGAUGAAUACCGCAGGAUGAACAAAGCUUGCAGCGCAAGUAAAUACACAGCAGAAGAACAGAAUCCCAAAUGUUUGAUCCAACGCCACUGCUCAAUCAAAGCAAUUGCGUCGUCACGGUAGAUGCCGAGGUGAGCAGAUAGAGAUGGACGGAUAACAACGGGGCAAUUUAUCUUGUGGAAAACAUCACUCCCGGUAUCAAAUGCCAUCACAUAAUCAUCAGUAGUGUUCUCGUCACCGUAAUCGUCGAAAAAUAGCCAGUAGAUGAACCCGUUAAGGUUAAUAUGAUGAUAAAACCAUGGGGACAAAAUGGCACCCGUGACGGCCGGUAGCUUACUCCUAACUCCCUCCAGUCGUUGCUCCGCAAUGUGUAAACGAAAACCGGAGAUAAAAACCAAGGUGUCAUCCUCACAAGUGCCAUAGUUCCGAAUCAGAACGACCUUGAUAUCAUCAGCAACUGAGUCUAACCCAACUCCGCAAUAAUCAAAGAGAUGCUUCAGAACGGGUGGUAGUGGUGGUGGUGGUUCCGAGAGGCCGUGGCUCGGUGCCAAAGGCGGGUUGGGAAAAGCUCUGGUUUGGCGAGUUGCUAUGUUACAGAGACUGGUAAUCGGAAUCAUCUAGUCGAUAUGGAUUUCCAAGGAGCAACAGACCAUUGACGCACCACAGAUGAAUUUGUCACUAAGCAUGAUGACUUGAGAGCCCGUUUAUAAGAUGACGAUUUGGAAGAUUUUUGGGUCAUAUUCACGAUAAUAGCGUUGGGCUAUAGCCAUGAAAGAAGCUACGAUAGUCUUAACGGUAAAGCUGUCGCGAUCGUGAAGGUUUGGAAGUUGCAGAUUCCAGAUUUGAAUCUAAUCGAGGCCCGUUGGAGUUAUGGUGGUGAAAUGAGUAUGUCUCGUCUCGCCCCACAUAUAUAAGUGGGUUCUGGGACGAGGACCUACUCAAUUUAGUUUUUUCUACCCAAAUUUAUCUAAAUUGUCAUGAAAAUUGCAUUUCAAUAUAUGAUUGUGUUUUGUGUUUGAAUUUGCUUCACAAGAAAUGUAAAAAUAAAAAGCGUUUAUUGUUUCAUGAGGAUAGUGGAAUUAAUAAUGAAGAUUCUUGAUGAUAAAAAGGUAAUACCAGUAUCAGUUAUUUUGGAAUACCUAUAAUAUUGUAUCAUUAAGUAAUAUGAGUUAAUAAUUCCUUGCAUAUAUAGUCCUACAUUUUGAAUUUCAACAAGAAUCAGCAUAGAAAGAACAUGUUAGUAAUCUAUACCAUAGAUGCUCAUUUUCAGCAGUGGAAUGUUUUGACUAUCUUAUAAUAAUACUAUAUCUUCAUUACCUUAAAAAAAUAUUUUGACCUUCUUAAUGGUAAUUGCUAUCUAUUUUGUAAAAUUGAUACCGUUUUCUUAAUUCGCUUUACAUUGACAUAAUUAUGGCAAGAAUAUAAGAGGAGAAGAUUACUGAAAUUUAAGUUUUGACGCUUUGUUAAAUACUAUUAUCGUAUUGCAGCCGACCAAUGUGUCGGGGGUACAAGCUAGUCACUUAUAGUGGUAUAGAACUUUAUAGAUUAUUCGUUUUUUUUUUCCUUUAGUCAUACCGGGUUAAAUGCGCAUGAUACUCUAUAAGUAUUAAGGUUUAGUUGCAUACUAACCACUUAACUUUAAUUAGUUACAUGUGAACUAGGUUGGGAAUGCGCUUUUCCGCGAGCUGAUCAACUAUUGGGUUGUUGUGUGGUUGCUCAUUCAUAUUUUAUUUUCUUUAAGAUGGUGUAUUUACGAUGAUAAAUGCUUUUUCUUUUU